UACACAAAGAUCAAUGACGUUUUGCACAAUCUGGUGUCACAAAUCUGUGGCGGUGCACGAUGUUUUCCAUCGUCAAACAUGUGGGCAGUAAAUGUCAUAAGUGUCACAAAGAAAUUACUGGUAUCAUCCAAAUAACUCAAGUAGCAGCUUUUAAAGAUCUCAUACUACCUGAGACAAAAGAAAUUGAUUUACCAGAAAAUCCUAAAUCUCGUCGCUUGUUUAUCAUGGACAAGACCCCACAGUUUGUUCAAGGAACUCAACAAGUUGGUGCUUUUAAAAUCAGACGGUUGCCCAAGGAUUUGUCAUUAAUACGAGGUCCAGAACUUGUACAUAACAAGCUACAGUAUGGACAUAUAGGAAUACAGACUGUGAAUGGAGGUUACCUUUAUUACAAACACCUGAAUAACAUUCGUAUCACACUGAAUCGUGUUAUUGAUGAUCAAAAGAUGUUUGCAACAUGGAGGAUAGAAUAUCCAUGGCGACCAGUUACCCAGAAGCCAGCAAAUACACGUAUGGGAGCUGGUAAGGGCAGCAUCAAAGACUUUGCUUGUCCUGUCAAGGCAAAUAGAAUAUUGUUUGAGAUAGGUGGUGAUAUUGAACUACCAAAAAUCCGACGCAUGCUCAAACAUCUAUCUGCACAAACACCAAUGAAGUCGCGUGUUGUAACUAAAGAAAUGCUGGAGAAGGAGGCAGCCCAGGAAGAGAAACUGAAAAGAACUAAUAUUAAUCCUUUCAGUUUUGAAGAAUGUGCGCGAAAAAACUAUUUGGGUAUAAAGAAGGAGAUGAGUCCAUAUGAUUUCCUUUGGCAUGGGAAGUAUAAAUAGAACUUGUCUGUGAAUUCAAAUUGACUGAGUGUGUAAUAAAUGUAGGAAGUUUUGUGAUAUAUGGGAUAUACUUGUACAAAUUGUCCAUAAAUAAAUGUCAUUAAAGUGACUGAACAACUACAA